AUGGCAGCAGCUACGACUGCGCAGGCGCCGCAAGAGCCAGCGGCAGUGAGUCUCAAUGGUCUCACAUUCUCCUACCCGGGCUGCGCGGCCUCUGUGAAGGACGCGAACCUGGAACUCCCUCGUGGCAGCCGCUGCCUCCUCAUCGGCGCCAACGGAGCGGGCAAGACGACCCUGCUGCAGCUGCUGGCAGGAAAGUACAUGGUGGGACGCAGCGUAAUCACCGUGCUGGGGCGCUCACCCUUUUACGACCUGCAACUGACGUGCAGCGGCCAGCUGUCGUACCUGGGGACAUCCUGGCGAAAGGACGUCGCCUUUGCGGGCUACGGCGUGCCCCACCAGGCGGACAUCACCGCGGGCAAGAUGAUCUUCGGCGUGGAGGGCGUGGACCCCGCGCGCCGCGAGCGGCUGAUCCGGCUGCUGGACAUUGACCUGUACCAGCGGCUCACCACCAUGAGCGACGGCCAGCGGCGGCGCGUCCAGAUUGCGAUGGGCCUGCUCAAGCCCUACGACGUGUUGCUGAUGGAUGAAAUUACAGUGGACAUGGACGUGCUGGGGCGCCAGGACCUGCUUGACUUCUUCAGGGACGAGUGCGAGUCCAGGGGGGCAAGCAUCGUGUAUGCGACCCACAUAUUCGAUGGCCUGGAGGGUUGGGUGACGCACCUGGCCUACCUGGAGAACGGGCAGAUGAAGAUAGGCGGCGGCCGCAGCGUCCUGCCUGAGCUCAAGCCCGGCGUGAAGCUGCUGCACGUGGUGGAGGGCUGGCUGCGCAAGGAGAAGGAGGCGCGGCAGGCGCGCGAGCGGGAGCAGCGGGCAAGCGGCGCGGCCCCGGCGGCGGCGCCCGUCGCGCCUACACGCACGCCGUUUGACAUGCCCUCCAAGCACCUGGCCUUCUUCCGGUGA